UAUAAAUAUAAGAUAGGUAAUUGACUAGAAUCACUAGAUCUAGAUUGGCUAGAUCUAUCUAGAUCUAGACUCUAUAUAGACUCUAAUUCUAUCCGUAUAGAAACACUGACUAGAUCUAUUACUAUUAGAUUAACAGUUUUCUCAUGAUGGAACUUGUUGUCGGUAUAGCUGUUGGUGUUUUGGCAUUGAUAUUUGUGGCUGCAUUAAUUAGUUUGCUCAUUCUGAUCAAAUACAAAUGUAAGAAAGUUGACCUCAUAACAGAGCAGCACAAUAAAGAAUCCAGACAAGAUGCUCAUCUUAUUAUUGAGUCACCUGAUUUGGUUGGCAGCCAGUCUUGCUUGGAUGUUGAACUGGGGGACGUCCAGAUUACAAAUCCUAAACUUGAAGAGCUUCUAAGCAAUGAGCAAUGGGUUGAUGAUGCAACAGGAUUACUUCCUCACUGCCUGUCCAUAUUGAAGAUUUGCCGUAAUUUAACUGAAAAGCUGGUUGGUAUGACCAUGGGCAACUCUCCUAACAUACGCACUCCAGAGACCUUAACUGACAUUGUUUCCAUUGCCAAGCGUAUCAAUCCCAGGGUUGAUGAAGUUGUCCAAUCAAUCAGUCCACCAUUGGACCCAAGACUUUUAGAAGCUAGAUUUACAGCUUUAGUUUCGUCUGUGAGUCAGCUAGUCAUGGUAACAAAAAAUGCUUGUCACAUGCCUGGAACACUGGAUUGGAUUGAUCAAAACUUAGCUGAUGUUGAAGACCAUUUAAUUGUUCUGAAGGAGGCCAGUGUUAAUAUUGAGACCCACCACCAGGUGCAUGCUCAAAGUACAAGUAUAGAGAUACCAAGUAGCCUUCUGGCUGAGGCAACACAGAUUAUGAAUGACAACUCUCAACUUUAGGCAUGUUCUAAUGUUUCACUUGGUGGAUCUGUGCAUUACAACCUUAUCUUCCCUCAUUAAAACAAAAAAUUAUGAUAUGGUCUACACAAUUUUACAGGGAAACAUUACAGUAAUUCAUUGCAGUUUGUCAACAAUUCUUGACAAUAAUGUUGGUUAAAUGAAUAACAUUCGCAAUUGCAUUUUUCUAAAGGUAUCUCUAUUUUAUGCUCAACAAUGUUAUUGUUACAUUACAUUAUCAUUACAAAAAAUUAUCUUUUCUAAUUUUCAAGAUAUCAGAUACCCCAUUAUCUUUCAGAUAUUAGUGCCUUAUUAAUGUUGGCUUUAUUUUUUUAUCAUCAUUCUUUGCUUACAUGCACAUAUUCUUUUUAGUGUGCAGUGUCAAAAUUGAAUUGUUAAAUUUUCUUUAUUAAGAUUAGAUGUAGUAUCAUUUCAAUUGGCAUAUAAAAUCUCUGCCACCCUACAUUUAAUAACAUGACUGGUUCACCUAAAGUGCCAAAGCACUGGUUUUACAUUUUGGAAACACAAGUUAUUAAAAAGGAAUUUCAAUAAUGAUCAUGGUGUUUCCUUCAGAGAUCAUGUAAAUGAGCUGUGAACAAUUGAUUUUUAGAUUAUCUUAUUACAAGAAAUACUUUUGUGCAGUCCAUUAAAUGUAUAUAUAUAUAUUGGCAACAAUCCGAUGAUUUUCUACUGUCCUUAAUUUAAAAUGUCUCUGCUCUAUUUGAAAUCUAUCUACUUAAGUUGAUUGACGGCAUGCUCUUUGCCCCACUUGUCACAUGAUCUUUUUAGGGCUUGACCUUUCCUGUGUAGAUUUUAUAUUUUAAAAAGAAAUCUUCUAGGCAUGCUCAUUCCAUUUUAAUUUUGUGUUAUAUUUACACACAUUAUGAUAUAAUGUGCUUUCAAAAUAGUAAUUUUUUGAUAUAAUGCAACUCUAUUUUAUACAUGUUAUAUUUACAUUAUUGUCACAGUUCUGUGAGAUUCUUUUUACUUGUUUUAAUAACAAGAACCUGUUCAUAUUGUGAGAGCUGCUUAAAUCUUCUAAAUGCAGCUCUCUUACACAAAUGUAUCAUUAUGGUUUGUAUAUUUCUUAAAAACAGGUCAUCUUCACUUAGUCUUCUUUUUGGUUUACAUCCAUGCAGUUGUCUAGUAUGUUUUUGACAUGAAAGAAAUUGUUUUUACUGUUUUUCAUAGAUUGGAAAAUCACUGUUUAACCAUAUAAUGUACUGUAUUAUUUAUAGUUAUUGAUAAUUUUUUUUUUUAAAUAUGUAUUUAGAAUUUAUACUUCAAAAUACUUUUAUUUUUUAAAUUGAAGUCUUCUUUUCAAUGCAGUUUAUACUUUACCUGUACUAUUUAGUACAGUAAUAAAUUAGACUAAAGUAGACUUUGAUUAUCAUUACAGAACAAUAUUACAUGCUGUAGUACAUUAUAACUAAGCCUAAAUACUUCAAAUUUUCAUUCAAGAAACAGAAUGGCUCAGUCAUUAAGUCUCUCAUAACAUGGAGUCAUUAAGCAAAGACUACUUGCAUUUUAGAAUGCCAAAACAAGACAUAAAAAUGCAAAAUUUAACAAGUAUUGUAUCAAGUAGGUUUCUUCUGGAAUGAUUUUGUUAUGUAACUUUUAAAUAUGUUCACAUCAAAAAAUUACAAUUCAUAAUUUUGGAACUGUUUUCAAUAAUUAAAAAUUCAUAUAUUUGAAAUAAUGUUUUUAAUUGUUUUCUAACCCACUAAAUUUAUUUAUAAAAGAAUUUUCUUUUUACAAAUGCCGUUAUCAAAAACUAUAGUAACAAAUCUAUUUGCACAUUUAACAAACUUUUUUAAAGAAAUUUUUAAAAAAUGUAUUAAUUAAAUGUAAUCUAUUUAUUUUUUUGUGAACAUAUUAUUUUUUUUUAUAUAUAAAUGUUACAAAAUACUAGAAAGAUUAAGAGUACAUUUUUAAACAUUGAUUUGCUUUAUAUCAUUUAUCGACUUGUUUUUUGUUACUAUUUCAUUGUUAAACAUUAUUACUUAUUUGAAAUCUCAUCCACCAUUUUGCAUAGAAUGGUAUCAUAUUUCUUUUAAAUACUUAAUCUCAAUUGCUUUAUAAAAUAUAAUCAAGUCAAGUAGUUUAUUUAAAAUGCAUUUAAGCUAUUAUUUUAUUCUUUUAUAUCCUAGCCAUAUACUCAUUUCUUAUUACUUACUAUUAUAUACAUUUUUUGAUCAUGCUUUGAUCAUAUGCUUUAAAUUUCUUGAAUUGUGAUUUCCUUUUUGAAUACAAGUGAGCAUUUGCUUUAGUGUAGUCUAUAUCUUUUAGUCACCAAUUAAAAUGUCUAAAAAAUGUGUUGCUGUUGAACCUAUUCCAAGAAAUUUGCACUAAAUCUAAAGAUCAUUUUCAGGCUGUGUAAUUGUUUGAAAGUGUAGUCUUCCACAUGAUUGGGCAUUGUUAAUAAUUUUGAUUAUUUUAAACUUUUCAAAACUGCCUGAUGUAGUUUAUUUUAAUCUGGUUCAAUUGUACAUAGGUAUAUAUCAUUGAACAAAAUUUUAAAGUUUUUGAUGAGUUCUUUGUUAGCUUCUAGCAUAAUCUUCAGUUUAGCUAUUAAUGAUUUUAAGUUUGCAGUGCUGCAAUUGGUUAGAAAUCCCGCCCAUCCAUUUCUUUUAAAUUGAAUUACGUUUAAGUUUCUCAUAUAUGUAGCCAAAAAUCAAAGAAAUAAUGAAUAUCUCCUGAAUAAAUUUUUUUUAGUGCUUUUACUUGCAGAGUAUAUGUACAGAUAUAGGUCUUCGAUGAAUGUUUAGUAACUUUCAUUUUUAUUUUUGUUGGAUAGAUUGGUAUAUAUUUAUAUGUAUACGUUUUUAGUGUGUCAGUAGCUAACACUGACAUAUAUAUGAUUCAUCAUAUUACUUUAAAACUAUUUUUUACAUUGCCACAUGAAAUCUCUAGCCUCACAUAUAAUUAGCACUAAUUUGUUGUGCUGUUGACUAUAAUACAUUUAUUCUAACAAUAAUUAAGAGCUGAGGAGUAAACAUUUGUCAUCAAUAGAACAAUGUCACUGUGUGUAUCCAUAUCCAGCAUCUAAUGAAAUUGGGUGAAAUCCAAGGUUGUCAUUUUGCUGACUUUACCAUCACUAAAAAAUGGCAUUGUCCUCCUCCCCCAUUGUAAGACUGGAUCUUCAAUAGAUAAAUUUAAAUCUCAGUUCUGAAUCAUUCCCUACUUGUGACAAAAAAAUAUACUUUUAAUUAGUGGAAAAGGAAAGACAAUUGAUAUAAUAUGGUAAUAUCCAUCUAAUCUUAGUUUCAGCUCUUGAAGGGCACGACAUGGCCUAAAUUGUGCCAAAAACUCAUUCAGCUCUUGACUGAUACAUUGAAAUCAUUUUGAAGCUGCUCAUUACUAACAAGACUUUCCUUGCAACUUGCUUUGAAUCUUGCCUGGUGUAUUUCUUUUAGCUUUUUCCUUCAGUUCCUUUGACUUGUUUUAGAUUAACGAUUGUAUGUUUUUUAUGUAUUUUUCUUAAUAGAUUCACCUGCAUAAAAUAUAAUGUUGAGAAACCAGGCAAUUCAACAUUGAAUCCUUAUUAUAAUUUCAUGUAUCUUUUUUUUAUCUGUUUGCUAAUUUCCAAAUAAGUGAUUUCUUUGAAUUUACUAAGUGCCUCCAAUAAUUAGAUUCAAUGAAGCCAUGACCGUUUACUACGCACUAUGAAUGUAAAGGUCCUUACCAUUUUGUUUAUCAUAAUGCCAGGAGCAGACGCAAUGUAUUGCUUCCCUUUUUCUAUUUGAAAACAAUUGUUGUCAUUUCUGUUGUUCAUUUGUUGCUAAUCCUAGUCCACUGUACCCAUACAACGAAGAAAUGUUUAAAAAUAUUGUAUGUAAAAUUAUAUUUUUUACACCAAAUUUUAUUAUUUUUAUUUUAUCUUCUUUAAGGUUUAUUUAUUUUGAAGACAAAUUGUUAAUGAUGUUUGAUCCUACUAGGGAAAGAUCUAUUGACUUGUUUUUGUUUUUUUUUAAAUUAUAAAACUUUAAUUAUAAUUAUAUGUUUCAGCAGUUUUACUAUUAAUAUAAAAGGAAAUAAAAAAUAUAAGUUUUAAACCUGCA